AUUGUCUUUAUUAGGAAUUGAUAUCAACAGUAGUGAAACAAUUAGAGACCAUCAAUAAAAUAUACAACACAGGUGAAUCCUGGAUUAAUAAAGGGACCAACCAUGACAAGAAAGAGAACUGGAGGAGAGAAGAAAAUAUAUUUAGUGUCAGAGAAAGUAGAGAUCGUUCAGUGGAUCGUAAAGAAUACAAAGAUCGUGUUAAUGAUCAUGAUGAAACCAGCGAUCGACUGGUUAAUCAUAAAGAAAGCACAGAUCUUCUAUAUAAUCCUAUAGAAAGCAGAGAUCGUUUAGAUGCUCGUAAAGAAAGCAGGGAACAUGAAGAGGAAUGCAAAGAGAUAAAAAUAGAAAUAGAUUUAUUUGAAAGUUCCGCUGAUUCCCUGGUUCAAGUCUCAAUCAGAAAACCUAAACAAGAAUCGGCUCUUAAAGAGGAAUUUACAGAAAUGGAAGACUUGCCUGAGAACGAGAAAUACUCGGAUAGAUCAUUGUCCGGCUCAAAAUUUGAUUCUAAUCUCGGGAACAAAACGUUUAAAUGUGAUGAGUGUGAUUAUGUCGGGUACAGCAAAGCAUGGUUAAAAAGUCACAAAAAUUGCAAACAUGACACGAGAAUAUUGAAAUGUGAUACAUGUGAGAAAACAUUUUCCGGUUUUAUUAGGUUAAAUCGACAUAAAGCACGGGUACAUGAAGGGAAACUAUUGUAUUGUGAUACAUGCAAGAAAUCCUUUACUCAAGAGAAAAAUCUAAAAAGGCACAUUAGUACUGCCCACGAAGGACUGCGCCACUACUGUGACCAGUGUGAUUAUUCCUGUGGACAGCAGGGACAGUUGAAAAAUCAUAUUGAUGGAAAACAUAAUGGAAAAAUUUAUAAAUGUAAAGAUUGUUAUUUUGAAACUACAUCAGUCGGCUCUAUAUCCCAUCACAAGAAAACUCACGAGUGCAAACCUCUGGAUGGCACGCCAUUUCUAUGUGAUCAGUGUACUUAUGUUGGGAAAACUAUUGGAUAUUUAAAAAGACACAAGAAAGCCAUUCAUGAUGGUAUAUUAUUUCCCUGUGAUCUAUGCUCCUAUGCGGGUCAAGAUAAGGCUCAUUUAAGAACACACAAGGAAAUCGUUCAUCUUGGAAUCAAGUAUCAAUGUGAUCAGUGUGAAUUUGCUGCAACAUCGAAAGGAAACCUGAAACAGCACUAUGAAAGCAAACACGAUGAUACUACUCAUCCCUGCAAUCAUUGUGGCCAUGUUGCCACAACAGAGUAUGGAUUAAAGAAACAUGUUAAGAGCAAGCAUGAAAACCAGAUGAAACUAGCUGGGUUUAGUUAUUCUAAAGUCCAAUUCGGGAGAAAGCCUUUUUUGGGGUUUUAUUUCCAUUUGUCGGACUUAAACCUUAAAUCAACUGUCAACAAAUGUUUAAAGUUUCAGAUAAAAAUGAAUUUUGAUAAAAAUUUAAGGAGACUUGAAGCAUUCGACGAACUUAAGAUGAUAAAACCGGGCACCGAGGACAGUAUAGUUCUGAAGCGGGUUAUGAUGGAUAUUCUUAAACUAAAGAACGGAAUGGAAGAUACUCUAACUCUUCUAGAACAGCUUUCACGGAGGGAUGACGAGAAAGAGAAAUCAUGGUCCAAGAUUGUUUUCCCUGCAGCCAAGGAACAGAUAGAAUCCAUUAACAAAGUCCUGAUUCUUGGAGUCUCAUGGCUUAGAGAAGGAAAUACUCCGACUCGGGGGACUAAGAGAAAAUGUAAAGACGAGUCUAAUAAAGACAAAUCUAAUGAUGAUGCUGAGGAUAAUUGUGAUAAUGAUGAGAAUGAUGCUGGUGAUGUUGACUAUGAUUAUGAUGUGAAUAAUGAUGAUACCGAUGAAACCAAAAUUGAGAAAGACCUGGCAGCGGCGCAUACUGAACAAGAUGAUAAAGGGAAGGAGUUAAAGGACUUAAAGGAGUUAAAGGAGUUAAAGGAGUUGAAGGAGUUGAAGGAGUUGAAGGAGUUGAAGGAGUUGAAGGAGUUGAAGGAGUUGAAGGAGUUAAAGGAGCUCCAGGAAUUAAAUGAACUCAAGGAGCUGAAAGAAGAACUUCUAGAAAUCGAGGAUUUUGCUGAGGAGGAUAAUGAAUACCAAACCGAACCAAUCUUCACUAAUCAACAAUAUAAACAAUUGAAAAAGUUGAAGCAAUCAAUGAUCUGUUCAAAUCAAAACGUUCCAUGUAGUAUAUGCAAGUAUAUUGGUCCGAGCGAGGCAUCGCUGGAAAAUCACAUGGAGCGUAAGCACAACAAGAUCCCGUGUGAUCGAUGUGAACAAGUGCUGGUCGGAAGAGAUGGUUUGAGAAAACAUGCUAAAGUUGUCCACGAAGGUUUGCGGUAUAAUUGUACCAUCUGCCAUCAAUCCUUCACAGAUCCAGGCAACUUAAAGAGACACAUUGGAAAUGUUCACGAAGGUCUCCGACACUAUUGUGACCAAUGCGAUGCUUCAUUUGCACAGAAGGGAAUGCUAAAAGAGCACAUUGAUGAGAAGCAUUUGGGAAAAGUUUAUAAAUGUACCGAGUGUAAUUACGAAGUUAAUUCUAGGAGUUAUCUCAGGAUUCAUAAAACCACUGUGCACAGGGAUCCAAAAUCUGAAGGAAAUGUUAAAGAAAAGUAUCUUUGUGAUCAGUGUGAAUAUGUCACAUCACUCAAGGGUAAUUUAAACUCGCACAAGGAAAGAAAACACUGUACAGACCCAAGUGCUAUUGUUAAAAGUUUUAAAUGUGAUAAAUGCGAUUUUUGUACACACAUUGCAUCUUAUCUAAAACAACACCUUGCGCGUCAUGAAGAACCAAAACAUUUUUGUGAUAAGUGCACUUAUGUUGGGAAAACAAACGCCGAUCUUAAGAGGCACAUAAGAACUAUCCACGAUGGUAUUAAGUUUCCAUGUGAUCUCUGUGCAUACUCGGCCCAAGACAAGGCACACUUGAGAAUACACAAAGAGAAUGUCCAUCUUGGUAUCAAAUAUCAAUGUGAGUUCUGUGAAUUUGCAGCUUCCACCAGAGGGAACCUCAAGCAGCAUAAAGAAAGCAAACAUGAUAGAACCACGCAUCCAUGCAAUGAGUGUGGACAUGUUGCGACUACAGAAUAUGGUUUGAGGAAGCAUAUUAAAAGCAAGCAUGAAAACCUACUAAAAAUGCUUGGUUAGCUUAUAUUAGAAUCAUACUUUCUUAAUUUUAUACUCAGUUGCAUUUAUUGUUAGUGUUUAAGUGCUAAGAAAUUAGUCUAGAUAAUAGUUCUGAGUUUGAGGAGAUAUUUUCUAGAAAUAAUAAUUUUAGCAUAUUAAAGCAAUAUUUUUUUUCUGGCCGGCAUUAAAUCCAGGGAUCAUUUGAGACCCCACACAUAAAUUUUGGCAUGUUACUGCUUUUUGCAGAUACAAAAGAACCAGAAAUCAAGCAAUACAGUUUUGUAUCCUGUACACUGGAACAUGAUUUUUACUAACAACUCAAAAUAAUGGGUUAGAAGUAUGUACGGUUUAUGUAUAUUGUAUGAUAAGUUUUAAAGGGAGUGACUGACAAUGUUUGGUUGUUGAACUGAAUAUGUAGUAUUGUUGACUCAUUUUAAGACAAAUGUUUUUCAACGUCGAUUUUGCACUCAAAGUAAGUAAUUUUACAUCGUGAAACGUUUUAUUGGCGCUAAGAACAUCUGCUCUAUCCUAUCCUAUCCUACGCACUGCUUACAAAUAAAAUUUACUCUUAUAGUUGAUAUUGAGCCUGUUGCUAUAGUUUUGUAACCAAAUAAUAAAGAUUGACUCUGUA